CCGUGCACUCUUUAGCGAAUUCUACCAUUUUCUACCCGGUCACCAAAGUACUCGUCAAAGCAGGUGACAUUAAAAAGCUUGUCGAUCUUGCCUUCAAGGAAUUGAAGAGCCCUUGGAGUGCUUGGCCCGAAAAGGGCUAUUUACAGUCUAUUCGCAGCUAUUUACGUAUCUGUUGACAGAUAUAUAAAAGCAAAUCAGCUUUUUUUUUAAAAAAAUGGCAUGUAUUGCGUAUUGCUUCACCUUGUUUUGGCAAUACAUGUCAGAGGUUGUGACAAUUCUUUACUCGGUGACAAAAGCCCUUGUCCAAGCAGGAGGAAUAGAAAAGCUGGUAAAUCUUCUUUUUUCUAUGAAGGAAUCAAUUACCAAAUUAAAGGAAGAUAUUGAAACUGUGAACAUGGAGAAGCAUAUCAACAAGAUCGAUAGCAUCUUGAACGAUCAUGCAAACAGCAAGGAUGAUAUAUGGUGUACAAGGGUACAAUGGCCGGGCAAGUCUAAUUUAGAUGAUACUCCCAGUUGGAGUAAUGACGAUGAGGAAGAGCAUAAGGACGAGGAGGAAGAUAAUAGCCCAGAAUCAGUUAAAGAAACAUCGUUUUAAAUGAUGAUUUCAAUCAUCAAAAUAAAUAAAUCUUAAUUAAUCAAUCAAUUA